AACACUCCUGGUUGAAUGUUUGGGCGUUCAAACCGCAAUAACGCGUGAUCGCAGUCAGACUAGACCCGUUUAAUCGAAUGAAUAUUGAAUAAUCCGGGGAUUGGUUGGAUAGACUACCAGGAACCACCGUAAUAUUCACCCCAAUUGGCGGAAUCAAAUUGUUUGUAUUUAAAUAAUUCAGGAAAUUGGACAUCCAGUGAUUGCAGUAUUAACAAAAACACGAUGGCUCCUUCAAUCUCAUGCAGAAAGGGCUUAUCACUUAUGUGGGGAUACCUCGUCUUCAUUUCCCUCUGGAAUUCUGGAUUAUCUCUCGACUUUGGACUUUCACUGAAACAAGAUAAAUUAUCUUUAAAGAACCUCCCCAUUCCGUCAAUUCUGCAGCCUGACAAUUUGAAUGCAAGCGCUCAUGCUGGAAAACACCCAGUGACCGCUUCAGACGCAACCGAAUCAGCCGUCGCUCGCGACGCAACAUCAUCAGGGACCGGAGCACACGUCAGGAAUCUUGAGGCUACGAAUGUAACAGAUCCGAGCGGUGCGAAAGCAGAAACCAGAUUUGAGAAAAAACUCGAAAUUAAUGGAGCCUCGUCCCCGAGUAUGAGAGAAGAUGCCACCUUCCAUCCCGACACCGUUCUAUUCCGUGCUGAAGAGCUAGCCAACGAGGAAGCGAUCCCAACGGGCGAAGUCAAGGGACGAUUCGAUAUCAAAACACGUGGGAAAGAUGAACCACGGGUUGAGAUCUCGGCUAUCGAGCGAAUCGAUGGCCUUCCUGCCCACAAUUUAACGGCAAAUCCUGAGGCAAUAGACCCCGUCACCAGGAAAUUAUUCGAUCGCGAAGACAUUCAACCGCCAGUAAAUAAAAGUACUGCAGAUAAAGUAACGCAAAUUUAAAAUUCGUAUGUUCUAUCAUUAAAGAUUUAUUUCAUAAUAUUACACCAACAACUAUUAUUGAAUUUCUAUAAUUAAUAAUUCCUUAUCAUGUUAAAAAUGCGAAUAAACACUUAUUCAAUAUAAUAUAUAA